AGCACUGGAGGAAUAUAAAUUGAGGGGAAUCCAUCUGUACCGAGAGGCACGCGCUUCAGUCCUCCUCUAAGCUACACGGUGGCGUAAAGGAUAAAUUGCUUUUCUCUCCAAUGCAAUGUCUUUAAUCUACGACGCGCUUCUUUCCAAAACUCAACGAAGACAGAUAUGUCUCUACCGCUAACUUGUGGUCUGAUUUAAGUUAAUGGUCGAUAAUAUUCUUGAGAUAUUUCACCAGAAUAGCUUGACACGUGCAAAUUUAAAGAGAUAAACUUCAGAGUCGCGAUGAUGGCAUCAAUAGGGGAGUUCGAUCCGCUGAACAACAUCGUUCCUGCUACUAAAAUAGAAGUUACCGUGUCAUGCAGGGAUCUUCUGCAUGUGGACACAUUCUCCAAGUCUGAUCCUGUGGUUGUGCUGUAUGUGCAGGGUAUCGGCACCAAAGAGUGGAGGGAGUUUGGCAGAACAGAGGUUAUUGACAACACACUGAAUCCAAACUUUGUGCGGAAGUUUUUCCUGGACUUCUUCUUUGAAGAGAAGCAGAACCUCCGCUUUGACGUAUACAAUGUGGACUCCAGAAGUUCAAAUAUUUCCAAAUUUAAGGACUUCCUGGGUCAGACCUUCUGCACUCUGGGGGAGAUCAUUGGAUCCACUGGCGGGCGGCUGGAGAACAGCUUAUCUGGGAUUCCUGGGAAGAAGUUAGGGGCCAUUAUCUUCACGGCGGAGGAGCUCAGUAACUGUAGGGACAUUGCUACCAUGCAGCUGUGUGCCAACAAGCUGGACAAGAAAGACUUUUUUGGGAAGUCUGACCCCUUCCUGGUCUUCUACAGAAGUAACGAGGAUGGAACGUUCACUAUCUGUCAUAAGACAGAGGUGGUUAAGAACACACUGAAUCCUGUGUGGCAGCCCUUCACCAUCCCAGUGAGGGCCCUCUGUAAUGGGGACUAUGACAGAACAGUGAAGGUGGAUGUGUAUGACUGGGACAGAGAUGGAAGCCAUGAUUUCAUUGGUGAGUUCACCACAAGUUACAGAGAUUUCUCACGUGGACAAAACCAGUUUAAUGUCUAUGAGGUUCUAAAUCCGAAAAAGAAGGGCAAGAAAAAGAAAUACAUUAACUCUGGCACGGUAACACUGCUGUCCUUCAAAGUGGAGUCGGAAUAUACGUUUGUGGAUUUCAUCCGAGGCGGGACACAACUCAACUUCACAGUAGCCAUCGACUUCACUGCUUCUAAUGGUGACCCGUCUCAGCCCACCUCCCUCCACUACAUGAACCCGUACCAGAUGAAUGCGUAUGCCAUGGCCCUGAAGGCUGUAGGGGACAUCAUCCAGGACUAUGACAGUGACAAGCUCUUUCCUGCCUACGGCUUCGGAGCCAAGCUACCUCCCGAUGGAAAGAUAUCCCACGCAUUCCCUCUGAGUGGCGACAAUGAAAACCCAAACUGUGUGGGGAUAGAGGGAGUAUUGGAGGCGUACUUCCAGAGCCUCAGGACGGUCCAACUCUACGGACCCACCAACUUCUCUCCAGUCAUCAACCAGGUGGCACGGUCUGCGCAGGAUGUGACGGAUGGCUCUCAGUAUUUUGUGUUGUUGAUGAUCACAGACGGAGUUAUCUCUGACAUGCUGCAGACCAAGGAGGCUGUAGUCAAUGCAGCUGCUCUCCCCAUGUCCAUCAUCAUCAUCGGGGUCGGACCUGCAGAGUUUGACGCCAUGGAGGAGCUAGAUGGGGAUGAGGUCAGAGUGUCCUUCAGGGGGCACUUUGCUGAAAGAGACAUUGUACAGUUCGUUCCUUUCCGGGACUACAUGGACCGGUCAGGGAACCAGGUCCUGAGCAUGGCCCGGCUGGCUAAGGACGUGCUGGCUGAGAUCCCUGAGCAGCUGCUGGGGUUCAUGAAGACCAGAGGCAUCGAGCCCCGGCCCGCCCUCACCACCUCAGACCUGCCCGACCUCCACAGGCACAUCUGACACCCCCACUGUAGUGGGACAGCACCUUUCAACCCCCCCCCCCCCCCCCCUUGGGUCUUCACAUAUUUGAUGCUCACACACACUUGACAUCUCUCUCAUCUCUUUUAACCCUAUGCCAUUGCCAUUUCAUUGCAAGCCGAUGUCGCCUCCCCCUUCAACUGCGCAUGCUUAACACAGUUUAUAUCUACACAUAGAAUGAAUGUAUUCAUACAUUGUGCCAUUGAACACAUAGGGGCGGGUAGAUUGAGCACCCAAUGCAAUAGCCACAAGCACCGUCACUUCUGAAGAGAAGGGAGAAAUAUAACUGACUAUGCCGUGAUGCCAUGCUGUACACUUAUAACGUUCACAAGCACCGUCACUUCUGAAGAGAAGGGAGAAAUAUAACUGACUAUGCCGUGAUGCCAUGCUGUACACUUAUAACGUUCACAAGCACCGUCACUUCUGAAGAGAAGGGAGAAAUAUAACUGACUAUGCCGUGAUGCCAUGCUGUACACUUAUAACGUUCACAAGCAUACGCAGAGGGAGGAGUUUACAGUCUGUGAAAGUUAUCCAUGUAGAAAAUACACUGAGCAAAAAUAUAAACGCAACAUGCAACAAUUUCAAAGAUUUUACUGAGUUACAGUUCAAAUAAGGAAAUCAGUAAAUUGAAAUAAAUAAAUAAAUAAAAAAUGACAAUUAAAUCAAUUUUAACCCCACUUUGUAACACAACAAAAUGUGGGAAAAUAAUUUCUGAGGGCACUGUAUAUGCAAAGCAGCUUAGCCAUCAACUGGAGAGAACAGGUAAAAAAAACUUCAAUCAAUGAUCAUUGCUGAUUUAUUGAUUUGGUAAACAAACUUGACAUAUUGCUUUCAGCCCACACCUCCACACAAAAUCUUCUUCAAUUACUGUAUCCACUCCCUCUCUCUGAGUGUCAUGUUAUAAUGCACAAUGGGUGUUUUCUGUUGCCUUUCAUUUGAUUUUCUGAAACUAAAUGACUCAAAGAGUGAUUUAGAAAAACCAAGCACCAAAACACAUGUGCAGUUGACUGUCUUUGGGGAGGUGAAUGAAGUGGUUUCAUCCUGGGCAAACUUGAUUAUGUGUUUGUUUUGUUGAUGAUUGAUCUGAAUGUCUUGUGUCAUGAACUAGGGGUCGGUUCAGCAGGACACAGCGUUUUGGAACGUUCGGAUAGAAAUAUGUUAUGUAGAACAAGCAUGCCUUUCCGACAUGUAAAACAAGUAAUCAUGUUGGCUCUAUUCAAGGCAUUUCUAUCUGAAACGUUUGGCAACUGAACAUGUGGCCCUGGAGAGUGUUGACACGGCUGGCAUGGGGCCCAGGUCACAUGUUCGUUAGCACCAGUCAUUCUCACCCCCCUGUCUAUCAUACCAUCCUGCCCAGCAUGGGAUGAUGCUGGGCGCAGAUUACACCCUGCUGGAACAGAAAUGCCAGUCUCAGUGCCCUCCUGCAGUGAGGGAGAGGGAGACCGAGGAGGUAGGGGGAGGUUGAGGAGAGAUAGGGAGGGAGGUUAAGGGCUGUGACAGUAGGGCUCCAGUGGUUUGGUUUAUGUUUUUAUUUUUUGUGUGUUUGUCAGAAAUGAAAGGAGAAAGAGAGAGGAAAGAUUUCUUGGAUUUCUUGUCAUAAUACAUUGGAGAAAGCAGGUUAGCAACCCUGUUGUCACCUGAAGCUCCAGGCUUAGUUCUGAUCAUAGUUUCUAUGGUUCUGAUUCUGACAUCAAAGCAUUACAAUCAGUUAUACACUGUCAUUAAAUCUCCUUUUUGUGACCUCAUUAAAAAGCAUGUCAGAAAAAACUCGCAGGAUACUAGAAUCCCCAUCUCAAAAUGUUCACCAACCUAAAAUGUAUACAGCAAAGCAUUUUUUUUACACCAGUAGGAGUUGACCACCCCUCACGUUGCCAAUGUUGAGAUAACACUGUACAUCCUACUUUCAAUGUUAUUUGCACAGUAUCAGAUGGAAUGGAAAAGGUCAUCACUAAGAUACAGCAAUAAUUCAAGAAUGUUUUCAACUGACUGUUCUGUAGAGUGGCUCAGCUCUACCACCUAGCGGUCACUGCUAAUUGAGGCUCUUCUGAGCUCAGUACAGUAUGAGGAUGCUACAGACUGACAUGAUUUCCUGGUAGAUGUGUUGAGCUGAUAACGCUCCUGUACGGUGAGGUGAGGUUGACCCUGGCUCCUGUACGGUGAGGUGAGGUUGACCCUGGCUCCUAUACGGUGAGGUUAGGUUGACCCUGGCUCCUGUACGGUGAGGUGAGGUUAGGUUGACCCUGGCUCCUGUAUGGUGAGGUUAGGUUGACCCUGGCUCCUGUAUGGUGAGGUUAGGUUGACCCUGGCUCUUGUAUGGUAUGGUGAGGUUGGGUUGACCCUGGCUCCUGUAUGGUGAGGUGAGGUUGGGUUGACCCUGGCUCCUGUAUGGUGAGGUGAGGUUGAGCCUGGCACCUGUAUGGUGAGGUGAGGUUAGGUUGACCCUGGCUCCUGUAUGGUAAGGUUAGGUUGACCCUGGCUCCUGUACGGUGAGGUGAGGUUGGGUUGACCCUGGCUCCUGUAUGGUGAUGUGAGGUUGUCCCUGGCUCCUGUAUGGUGAGGUGAGGUUAGGUUGACCCUGGCUCCUGUGAGGUGAGGUUGGGUUGGGUUGACCCUGGCUCAUGCUAUACUGGUUAACUGAAUAUGUGGACUGUUGUGUGGCCUUACAAUCCCUCACUUUGCAAAGCCAUGUCUUGUCAGUGUGGCUAGGGAUGUAUGUGUGUGUGCCAGUGUGUGUGCCAGUUAGUUGUGCGUCUCUUGAUCAUACCUUGUCUUGUGCAGUGAAGAGGAGAGUUCGCAUGCUGUGACUUAUACUAUACAAUCCUUGUUCUUGGUGUUUGAUGAUGAUGUUUGGUCACUGUCCACUACAGCUGAAAAUAUAUAUAUCUUAAUAUGCAUUUCACUUGUCUUACUUAACAUUCUCCUUUUGAUCAACUUAAUUUCCUUCAAACAGAGAAUGCUAAAUGUUUUACGCCAUGGGAUUUAGUGUUUAGAACAACACGUGUGAAUAGAUAAAUUAAUGUAAAUACUAUGUUGUCUCUCUAUGCAGAUGUAUAAUGCAACGGAUAUGAUUUGAAUGUCCAUCCAUUGUAAAUAGGAACAUCAAAUGAAGAGUUAGUUACAGUACUACACUAGGAAGUAGAAGGUUACUUUGUCUAUCAGGGUGUCUUCACAUUUUGAUGUGUUAUGAAUGUAAACGUAAACCUAUAGUAAUCCGUUGUUAUUUGUGUCAAAUGGAUUGUGCAUUUAUCAAUUUCCGGUAUUUCAACCAAGGACAGCCAACUCAUGUAUUUCAACCAAGGACAGCCAACUCAUGUAUUUCAACCAAGGACAGCCAACUCAUGUAUUUCAACCAAGGACAGCCAACUCAUGUAUUUCAACCAAGGACAGCCAACUCAUGUAUUUCAACCAAGGACAGCCAAGUCAUGUAUUUCAACCAAGGACAGCCAACUCAUGUAUUUCAACCAAGGACAGCCAAGUCAUGUGAAUAACUUUAGUUUACCAUAUUGGAUAUGAUUCAAUCAUCUUGAUUUAAUUUGAGCGAUUAUUACACAUUUAUAGGCUACAGAAGGUGGGAGGGAGCUCUAUCAAAAGAGAGCCCGUAGUAAUGUAAAAUGAAUGCACAUAAAAUAAACCUUUUUGUAAACCCAUGUCUGUGAGUUGGCAGUCUGGUUAAGAUGUUGAAAUUCACACAGUAUGCAUGCCUUGAGAUCCAUUCCCGUGGUCUUCAGAUACCUAAGGCUGGGAUUCAAAUCGAUCUUGGGAUUUUAGGCAUUGUGGGUUUUUAAAGGCAAUGUUCCCACGUUCGUAGAGAUCCCAUUCACAGUAAACGCUGCGUAUGUCGGCUCAAUCGGAAAUUGCCUUUAAAAGCCACAAUGUCUAACACAACAUAUGUAUUGGAUUGUAAAUGAUCAUAACAUAUGUCUUGGAUUGUAAAUGAUCAUAACAUAUGUCUUGGAUUGUAAAUGACCAUAACAUAUGUCUUGGAUUGUAAAUGACCAUAAUAUAUGUCUUGGAUUGUAAAAGAUCAUAACAUAUGUCUUGGAUUGUAAAAGAUCAUAACAUAUGUCUUGGAUUGUAAAUGAUCAUAACAUAUGUAUUGGAUUGUAAAUGACCAUAACAUAUGUAUUGGAUUGAAUCCUGGCCCAACUCAGCUUUACGUGAACGCAUCAGGUGACAUUAAAGCACUUUAAAACAGA